UUUACGUACUCCGCCUCGAUUCUGGUGGAGUGUUUCCGUCAAGAUGGUUGUUGGUGCCUUCCCUAUCGCCAAGCUCCUCUAUCUCGGAGUAAGGCAGAUGAGCAAACCUGUGGCGAACAGGAUAAAAGCUGGAGCCCGUAGAAGCGAGUUCUUUAAAAACUACAUCUGUCUACCGCCGGCACAGCUUUAUCACUGGAUUGAGAUGAGAACAAAGAUGCGCAUCAUGGGCUUUCGAGGCUCCACCAUUAAGCCAUUGAACGAGGAGACGGCUGCAGAGCUUGGUGCAGAGUUGCUGGGAGAAGCAAUUAUCUUCUUCAUUGGUGGUGGAUGCAUGGUGUUGGAGUACAGCCGGCAAGCUGCUAACGCUCGCCGUAAGGAGGAGGAGCUGAACGAGACCAUGAUUAGUCUGCAGACUCAAAUAGCAGAAUUAACGCUAACGACAGAGACGCUAGAUGCUCAGCUGAGAGAGGUCAACAGGCUUCUGCUUUCAUUUCCUGCUCCCACCAAAAUAUGACUGAAUAAGUUCUGUUUUAUGCAGCUUUGCAUAUUGUUGACCUGUGUGUGAAGAAUUAAAAGUGCACCAACAAACUAUUGUCAUAUGUACGGCCUGAUUACUACCUUGCUUCACAUGUUAUCCUCUGCCAUUAAGUUGGGUGGAGUAGGUAGAGUUCAGUGCACUGUGAUUCGAGUGCUAUAAUUUGCUCAUGUUUUGAGCAAUUAGUUGUAAAAUGGGACUGCUAUGAUAUUCAUAGUAAAUUUCUAUGGUUGACAUUGCAUUUUAUUAUUGUACAUAAAAAUGUUCAGAACCAGACAGUGGUUACCUUAAAGCUAAUAUAAUUUUGUGACAGCUCCAGUAUAUUAUUUUAUCUUUUCAAUGCAGUGAUCUUGAUGGAGACUUAUCAUUUGAGAAAUGUUUAUUUUCCUGAUUUAUUGGCUUAAGUAGCUUAUUGACUAUUGAUAAUACAGUUCACCUGCUUUAAAAAACACUAUCAAACAAACCAAGUAAUAAAUCAUAUGAAUGCUUUAUUUCUAAGAGUACCCCUACAACUUCAUGUACAUUUCAUAAUGUGUUUGCAGGUUCAUGUAAAUUGUUUGUAAUGAAAACUGGAAAAAGGAUGGUGUGAAAUAAAAUGGUAUGCUGUCUGUUA